AUAAGAAAGGUGACAAUACACAACUUUCCUAUGCCACAGCUGGAGCUCUGCUGAAAGACGAUGGCAGAGACGAAGUCUAUGGAUUGACAUGUCAUCAUGCUUUAACUCAAGAGAAACAACAAGUGUACAUUAUAUCCCCAGAAACUUCCGAACUCUCAAAAAUCGUUGAAUGCAUUAAUUCAGAUCCAGAACCCUUGCACGACUUUGCCGUUUUCAAGAUAGAAAAAGACAAACGAAGAAACUGUGAUACAACCCUUUUGAAUAGAAUGGAAGAUCCAUGCAAUGUAAAAAUUCACCAAGAAAUCAUACCGUCGAAUGUCGUCGUACGUAAAAUGGGAGCAACAACUAACUUUACUGAUGGUCGGAUCUUGAGCUCGGAGUUUUAUUCUAAGCUGUUCGAAAAUAGAAAGGAAAUGUUCCCUGUUUCAUUCCUAGUCUCAAGUUUAGAGUCCCAUGAUCAUCCCUUCUCUGCAAAAGGCGACUCUGGCUCAAUGGUUUUCCAACACGACAAAUCUCCUGACCAGAGAUCAGUGUCUGCCCUGGGCCUCGUUACUGGAGGAAUAAAUGAAGUCAGAGACGAAAGUUCGACCGAGGUCCUAAAUGCCACAGUUUGUCUACGUCUAAAUACAGCUCUUUCUCGCCUUUCAGAAGAGAAGCAAUUAAACUUGAAAUAUGAUAACUCUCGUUGUACCUCUUCCAGUCAAGACGAAAGUGAAUGAAUUAUCAACAACACAGUACGUUUGUUUUAGAAACAAAAUGUCUCAAAUACUUGUGCCAUAAUCUCGUAAACUGCAAAUGCCUUUCAUAAUGAUUUGACCAAUUUCAUUUGGAGAGGACCCCAAAACUGGCUUUACCUUCUACACAAUCACAUUCAACGUACAGUGUAAUAUAUACAAUGAA